GCUCCUAUGAAACCUCUUCUCAUCUCAAAUUUCUGACCUUUAUAACUAUCCUCCCCGCACUCUCUUUUUCCACUCAAUCAACUCAAUAUUCUCCCCACUUUGAAUAUAUAUAGCUGAAAUUAGAUUCUUCAACUCUCUUUCCCUCGUUUUAUUAGCAGAUCAAAAAUGGCCUCACCACAAGAGAAUUGCACUACACUUGAUUUGAUAAGGCAGCAUCUUUUUGAUGAUGCUGCUUUUAUGGAAUAUUACUGCUCUGAACCUACCACCCUUUAUUCCCAAAACUCCUCCUCUUCUGAAUCUCUGGACCAGAGUUUCUCUUUUGAACCAACUCUCAACUAUGCCGACACAGCACAAAGUUCCAGUUUUGAAAUCUCUAGCUUCUUUGACAAUUCAAAAACAGAGUUUGACUGCUCUGAGUUGGAGACAAUUCAAAAACAGAGUUUGAAUUCUCGGAAGCAAACAAGCUUCAAAGAACGCAAGCCUUCUCUGAACAUUGCGAUACCAGUGAAGCAGCAGAAAGUGGAAGUAGUUCCAAGAGGGAAGAAGCAUUACAGAGGAGUUAGGCAAAGGCCGUGGGGCAAGUUCGCAGCAGAAAUUCGUGACCCGAACCGAAAGGGGACUCGGGUUUGGUUAGGAACCUUUGACACUGCCUUAGAGGCGGCCAAGGCAUAUGACAGGGCAGCGUUUAAACUUAGAGGAAACAAAGCAAUAGUGAAUUUCCCUCUCGAAGUUGCAAACUUUAAGCAAGAAUAUAAUAAUGAGAUUCCACAGUCAGCUAACUCAGGCCGGAAAAGGGUGAGAGAAACAGAGAAUGAGGAGCAACUCGUUAUCAAUAAGGAAAUGAAAAUAGAAGAAGAAAGAGUCCCUACGACUCCAUUAACGCCGUCAAGUUGGUCGGCGAUUUGGGACAGUGGAGAUGGGAAGGGUAUAUUUGAGAUGCCGCUGCUUUCCCCAUUGUCUCCACAUUUGCCUUAUUCUCAGCUUGUCAUUAUAUAAUCAAAAGGACACCGGUAUAUAUACAUAUGCACCUGACCGUAAAGAAAGUCUGAGGUGAUUCCCUGAAUUGGGAUUAGGACUCAAUAGAAGAUGUGUAGAAGAGGGGUGUCUUUGAGUCUUGAAUUCUUUUCAAUUUCAUUGAUUAAGCGUUAAUUCUUGUAAAUAUGCAAUCAAUCAAAAAAUUUGUUCACUUCAUCUAUUCAAUUUAUAAAAUGGAAUUCUGAAACA